AUGGCCUGGGGAUACUGGAGCGCAACGGCGGUCGAUCGUGGUCGAUCACCGCGGCGUAAUACACAGCUUCCGCAGGCCCAGUAUCACGCCCAGGGCUACCAGCAGCCAGUACAGCAGCAGCAAUACACCCUGGCAUCGAGCCAAGCGCAGCAACCGUCGAUGCACUGCAGUGCCCUGUCGCUCAAUACCUGCCCGCAGGCGGUAGAGCUACCGCCGAUUCAGCAGCAGCAGCUCAUCUGCAGCAACGGUUCACAGCCGCAGCUGCACCAGCAGCAACAGCAACAGCAGCAAAUCUGUUCGAGCCCGUGCCACAGUCCCUGUCACAGUCCGCAGUUUAUCGAGCAGUUGCCACCGGAGCUGCCCUGCACACCCUGUACCUUCUCGCGUAGACAGUCACUUGAUAGUCCACAGGCGAAUCAGCUUUCGGAUAUCAUCUGUCGGGCGACGCAACCUUCGAUCCAGUCGGCGGGUAACACCUUGACGCGCGGCACGUCGUUGCGUGACACUGGCGAUUAUGCGGUACCUCAUCCACAUCCGCACACGCACCACUACAUGUCCACCUCGGCGACGCCGCCCUCGCUCAGUCGGGUUGGGUCCUGUCCGGGCUCAACGGGCGGAUCCGGUUCGGGCCACGGGUCCGGCUCGGGUUCCAGCCCUGGCGGAGGUCCCGGGAGCGGUGGAGGAGGUAGUGGAAGUGUUGGUGGUGGUGGUGUGGGCAGUGGGGUGGGAAUUUGUGGUGGGAGCAUACUGGGUGGUAGCCAGGGUCGGUUGGAGUACAUCGAAUGUUCGCACUACGAUCGGAUGCCGUUGCCGAUACCGGUACAGAUUCCCAUCGUGCCACCGCCGCAGCUACAUUCGGAGGACGAAAUCGAACCGGCUUAUGCUACAGUAUUUCCAAAUGUGCCGUCUGCUCCGGGAUUGUCCUGCGUCGGUGAAGACCGAAGCAUUUACCGACGAGGGGCUCGAAGAUGGCGCAAACUGUACCGGAUAAAUGGACACAUCUUCCAAGCGAAGCGAUUCAAUCGAAAAGCCUUCUGCGCCUUUUGCCAUGACCGUAUCUGGGGUCUGGGUCGGCAGGGAUUCAAGUGCAUUCAAUGCAAGCUGCUGGUGCACAAAAAGUGCCACAAGCUUGGCAAUAAACCAUGCAGCAACGAGCAUGUCGAACCAGUCUACAAGGAGCGAGAUGUAAGUAUUGGUUGGGCAAAAGGCACCGGUGACGUCAUUCAGGCUCCGUUGGAUUAUCCGUCCGAGCUGCUUUCGAGUGACGGAUGCGAUCAGGUACCCGUCGAGGUGAACGACAACGUCGAGGAACCGCUGGAACCAGUCACCCAGCGGCAAUAUUCGUUGAAUGAUUUCGAACUGAUCCGAGUCAUUGGUCGCGGCAGUUACGCAAAGGUGUUGAUGGUGGAGUUGAAGAAGACCCGUCGCAUCUACGCGAUGAAGGUAAUCAAGAAGGCGCUUGUUACCGACGACGAAGAUAUCGACUGGGUGCAGACGGAAAAACACGUCUUCGAGACGGCUUCCAACCAUCCAUUUCUGGUUGGUUUACAUUCGUGCUUCCAGACACCAUCGCGGCUGUUCUUCGUGAUUGAGUUUGUGCGUGGUGGAGAUCUGAUGUUUCACAUGCAGCGACAGCGCCGGCUGCCGGAGGAACAUGCCCGGUUCUAUGCGGCCGAAAUAAGUCUUGCAUUAAACUUCCUGCACGAGAAGGGCAUCAUCUACCGUGAUCUAAAGCUGGACAACGUGUUGCUUGACCACGAGGGUCACAUCAAGCUGACCGAUUACGGCAUGUGUAAGGAGGGUAUUAGACCCGGCGACACGACAUCCACGUUCUGCGGUACACCCAACUACAUUGCGCCAGAAAUCUUACGUGGAGAGGACUAUGGUUUCUCCGUCGAUUGGUGGGCACUGGGAGUGCUGUUGUACGAAAUGUUGGCUGGACGCAGUCCGUUCGACAUUGCUGGUGCCUCCGAGAACCCGGAUCAGAACACCGAGGAUUAUUUGUUCCAGGUGAUUCUGGAAAAGACGAUUCGUAUACCACGUUCCCUAAGUGUGAAGGCAGCCUCCGUGCUGAAAGGUUUCCUGAACAAAAACCCGGCCGAUCGCUUGGGCUGCAAUCGCGAUUCCGCGUUCCUCGACAUAAUGAAUCAUUCGUUCUUCAAGAGCAUUGACUGGGAGAUGCUUGAGCAAAAGCAAAUUACGCCACCGUUCCGCCCGCGGCUAGACUCCGAUCGGGAUUUGGCAAACUUCCCGCCCGAGUUCACCGACGAACCGGUCCACCUAACGCCGGAUGAUGAUCGCGUCAUCGAUAAAAUCGAUCAAUCGGAGUUCGAAGGAUUCGAAUAUGUGAACCCGUUGCUGAUGUCGCUGGAAGACUGCGUUUGACAUCACGCAUCCUGCGAGCUGCAUCCAUACAACAUGCAGCUAUACGGUGACGAUUCUAGCGAUUACGAUUCCGUUGUGGAUGAGCUAAGCAUUCUUCAAUUACCUCCACCACCAUCGAAGAGUCUACUGCAGCACAUGUUUUGCCUUCCAUUGAACUAGCCACAAGUUUAGCCGCAGCCAUCUGCAAAACUAGCCGAGUGAGAACGAA